GCGAGCUCCGCGCGGGGGAAAGCCUCCCGGCGCUGGCCAUGAGGGGAGUUGCUGAAGUAAAGGAUCCCUGCAGCCUUCCCAUGCUAUCUGUUGACAUGGAAAACAAGGAAAAUGGCUCUGUCGGUGUAAAAAAUUCCAUGGAGAAUGGGAGACCCCCGGACCCUGCAGACUGGGCCGUGAUGGAUGUCGUCAACUAUUUCCGAACAGCGGGAUUUGAGGAGCAAGCUAGUGCAUUUCAGGAACAGGAAAUUGAUGGAAAAUCUCUGCUUUUGAUGACAAGAAAUGAUGUAUUGACAGGACUUCAGUUAAAGUUGGGGCCUGCUUUGAAAAUCUACGAGUAUCACGUAAAACCUCUACAGACUAAGCAUUUAAAGAACAACUCUUCAUAGUACAAAUUGGGGUCUUAGACCUCAAAAUCUACAUAAUGACAUAAUUUAGUUUCAUGUGAUGAAACUUGGUAACAGAAUACAUACAUGUGUAUAUGUAAAGAAUUUCAACCAAAUGAAACGUUAUCCUAUUGGAUAGACUAGGCAAUGCGUCGGCUGACCUACCUUCAGCCAGGAGGAGCAAGGACAGCAGGUGGACGGGAUGGUUUUCCUUGUGGGAUUUGUCUAAUAGAAUGGUCUUUGACAUGAUUAGACACCCAUCCCCAGAAAGGCUUUGAAGUCAUGAAGAUUUGCUUCGUGCCUUCAGAGAUUGCCCAGCAUCUUUCGAAAAAGCAUCGGAUGAAAUGAACAUCUUUCGGUUACAGGACAUAGGAAAAUUUAAAACAGGAAAACGUGGGGAGGGGGAAAUAGAGAAAGGGAUUGCUGUCUCCCUUGAAUUCCUCUGCUCCUUAGUGCUUAUAUUUGGAUGGAAUUGCCGACACCCUUUUUUAUAGAGGGUCCUUCACUUGACCUUAUUAAGGUUUCACUGGGAUAUGCUGCAAUGUUUGAAGUGAACGUCCACCAUGCCCCUUCAGGAGCAGAAAGGUAGCUCUCCAAAGAGAAACUGUAGUGUAUUGGGAUAUCCAUCCAUGUUCUGCUAGCUUUCACAAGGGUAAUGGUAUUUUCUGCAUAGAUUUGCUUUAUAAUUGUUUUUGUUUGUUUGUUUCUGAAGAAAGCAUUUCUUUACCUUAUGGUUUGUAUUUAAAAUAAUUUGUUUCUGAAGAAAUUUGCCAAAAUUAUAAAUCAAAAAACUUGUUACAGAAUAUUUUUAUAUAUAUUCCUUCAUGAUGGUGUAAUAUUUUUUUAAUUGCUCCAAUGCUUUGUUUGAUUCCUGGUUUGAGUACUUGUUUUUAAGAACUUGAAAAAGUGGGCUCAUUACAUCUCUGUUCAAAGAGACAUUUGUUCAAUCUCUGUGUGUCAAUGCCUUGUUGAAUUGGUGCUUUGUCUUCACAAUAAAGCAUUGCUUCAGUUUA